AAGUCAUAUUUAAGAAAUCAAUUGAUUUAAUUAAGUCACUGUGAAGUGUGGAAGUUCAUGCGCAUCAAUCGUAGUUUAGAAACGGUUUUGUUUUGUCGAAAACAGCGCAGAAAAAGUGUAUAAAAUAAAUGGCAAGCAACAGAAAUAAUCAGAAAAAUUUGCGUGAAGUUUACGAUUUAUUGGAUAAGCUAGUGAAGAAAUUCUGCCAUGAUAGACAUAAGGAAGUAUUAAAGAAAGUCACAACAGGAAUAGUGGAUUCACAACAUGUAUUUUUCUCAAAUAAUCAACAAGAUGAAUCAUUAAUAUUGGGAAAAGUCAAAAACCAUCUCGCAAAUAAGUCACAAAGUAGUGUUACGAUUUUCUUAAAGCAGCAUGAAGAGCUCUCUACAUUAACAGAUCCAAAAUUCCGUUCAUCAAUGCUUACGUUCCUGUUGUGUCUCUCCGAUAUGGAAACUAAAUUGCCAAAUACAAUUGAUUCAAGAGAAUCUGGAAGUUCCUUUACACUUCCCGUUAGAAGUAUUCAAAAUAGCGCUAGCAUGGAGCAUAUCUAUCGUAAUAUUACAAUAAGAAAUGCUUCAAUGAACCCGAUUAAUACGGAAAGUAAUUUGAAGCUAGUCAAUUUCCGUAGAAAACUUCCAUCAUCAACAUCAACAGAUAGCGUUUUGGAUGGUCAAACACCUGAUUCUGAAACAUCCUACAACUAUUCACAAAGUGAAGAAAUCGUCCAGGAAGCAAUUUAUGCGCUGACUGGAAAAUCCGGUAAGUAUCUCAAAAAGGAUGUUACAGGCGAUUUUAAACUGGAUAUAAAGUCGAGGAAUCUCAAUGCACAAGAAGCUGUGUCACUCAUGAGAUUAGCAGAAACUGGACGACUACAUAAUGAAAUCCACAAAUAUACAGAUCCAAACAGUGAAUUUUUCCUUUGUGGACUUUUUGGGCAAGGCUUAAUUGCACAGAUUCAAAUUGAACUAACACAGUUUUAUGGAUUAAUCGCACAUCUACAAGAUAACCUUAACAAUCAACGCGCUCGUUCAUUCACUGAAAAUAAUGACUCAUUAACGCUUUUAAAACUUAUAUCGUACAUAUCGGAACCUCAAAAACGCUUAAAGAUCAUCAGUGAACUUCUGCAGCAAUGUAAAAACUUAAAAGGUGGUCAACUUGCUACUACACUGCAUUCACAAAUCUCAACAGGAAAUUCUUCAUCAAGUGGUAUUGUUAAAAGCUUCCUUCGAGCAACUUGCCGUCCAUUACAAACAAUGCUUAGCUACUGGCUUCUUGAUGGUGAAAUUAAGGAUCCACACAAUGAAUUUUUCAUCGAAGAAAUCAAGGAAGUCAGUUCAGAUCGAUUAUGGCAUCAUAAAUAUCGCAUUGUAAACUCGAGAGUGCCAAGCUUUAUAUCAAAGCAUUUAGCACAUAAUAUUCUUGUGUCUGGAAAAAGUAUAAAUUUCUUACGGGAAAUAUGCGAGGAUAAAACUCCGAUUAAAGGACGUGAAGAAUUGCGACUUGCGUUCGAAAAUAACAUCGAUGAUCUCUUUCGUGAAGGAUGUGACUCGAAACUUCAUGAUAUGAUAGACAGUGUCUACUUAAAUACAUCCCAAAAAGUUCUUGAAAUUGCAAUGGGUCAGUACAAUUUGAUGGAACAUCUUCACUCGAUGCGUAAAUAUUUGUUGCUUGGUCAAGGAGAUUUUAUUGGAUUAUUAAUGGAAAAUUUAAAGGACGAAUUAGAUCGUCCUGCAAAAGAUCUCUAUCAACAUGCUCUCUUCUCAAUUGUUUCAACAUCCAUUCGUGCCACAUCUCAAUUUGAUGAAAGUGAAUUGCUUCAGCAUUUGGAUGUUAAACUGAAUCAUCCAAUUGAUGGUGAUAAAGGGUGGGAUAUAUUCACAUUACAGUACACAGUUCAUGGACCUCUUGCCACUAUCCUUGAGCCUAAUAUGGCUAAAUAUCAAGAGCUCUUUAAGCCACUUUUUAAAGCCAAACACGUUGAAUUUGUAUUAAAUAAUGUGUGGAAGGAGCAAAUGCUAAACUCAAAGACAUUAAAGAAUCUCAAAAAGACACUAAAUCCUGUCACAUACCGCUUACAUUUAUAUACCUCCGAAAUGAUUCAUUUUGUUAAUCAGAUGCAAUACUAUAUUCUUUUUGAAGUUAUCGAGUGUUCCUGGACACAUUUUAUAAAACGUGUACAAAAUGCAAAAGCUCUCGACGAUAUUCUUUCAGCACAUGAAGAUUUCCUUAAUGAAGUACGAAUAGGAGCUUUUCUAGAUAAUGAGACAAAAACUACACUUUAUUUGCACUUGGAUAUCAUCUACGAUUCUAUAAUGAAGCUUGAGGAAUGGCAAAAAACGUUUUAUGAGAUUGCUUAUAAGGAGGCAGAUGCUCGACAAAAGUAUGAACAACGAAUUAGCAACAGUGAGAAAACAGGAACAUAUGGAGUCACGGCAGAAAUGCGAUUAGAAAGAGAUGAGGAACAAAAGAUUUUUGAACAGCUAAUUAGUACCUUUAAAAAGUCAUUGGACACUCAUGGACAAACUUAUGAGAAAUAUGUCAAUGAAUUUCUACUCAAGCUGACAUCGUCAAAGGAUCAAAACUUGCAGUUAUUCGGUACACGAUUGGAUUUUAAUGAAUAUUAUAAGAAACGUGAUCAACGGUUGAGGCAACCACUAACUUAUGAACACAUGCGUUUGUCUGGAAUGGGAUUUUCUGGAAUAUUUUCACGUUCAAAUUUAUCUAACACACCGAUGCGCUUAGGAAAUCAUUUGGGUCAUUGACAGGACUACGAAAUAUAUCCCGAAAUAACAUCCCAGGAUCAAGAAGAUGAUCAAACUUGUACUAAUUCCAUUAAUAUGAAAUUUAUGCCACUUGAUUGUUGCACCUUUUUAUGAAUAAACAAUUUGUUUUUUAAUUUGAUGCUUAUUAGAAUCCGUAGAUUAAUUUAUUUCCUAUGAACUAAAUUGUAAUUAAUUCUACUUAUUGUUUCAUCAUUUGCUGUGCUUUUUGAUUGGCUGCUAAUAAAUUUUCAUUGCUAAUCAUUUGGAAUUCUUGAAAUCUAGUGCUUAUUCUUUGAUUCAUUCGCAGGAACUUCUCCAUGCAAUUCAUUGCACAACGAUCUUCUGUGUCCUUAACAUUUCGUGUUGAAAAGUCAAAAAUGCAGUCAUUGAAGCAAGUUUCUGAUAAUUUGUUGUAACUUAGUAAAAAGU